GCGGAGUCCCUGAGAUGGCUCGCUGGUGAUUUUUUGAAGGCUGCAUAUAAACAUCUGGCCAACCUCUCUUUUCAAUCCGCUUCACACACAAACACAAAACUUAUCUUCCUUUGCUGCAACAAGACAUUCUUGCUCUUGUCCUCUUGCACUUGCCCUAAGUCUAAUUCACGGAUACCCUCUUACUACCCUAAUACUACCCUCACACCACCGCAACCAUGGCUUCCGGUGAAACAUUCGAGUUCCAGGCUGAGAUCUCUCAGCUCCUCGGCCUCAUCAUCAACACCGUCUACUCCAACAAGGAGAUCUUUCUAAGAGAACUCAUCUCCAACGGCUCGGAUGCUUUGGACAAGAUUCGAUAUGAGGCUCUUUCAGAUCCAAGCAAAUUGGACUCUGGCAAGGACCUCAGAAUCGACAUCAUCCCCGACAAGGAGAACAAGACCCUCACCAUCCAAGAUACCGGUAUUGGCAUGACCAAGGCCGACCUCGUCAACAACCUCGGAACGAUUGCUCGCUCUGGAACCAAGCAGUUCAUGGAAGCAUUGACCGCUGGCGCCGAUAUUUCUAUGAUUGGUCAAUUCGGUGUCGGUUUCUACUCUGCCUACUUGGUCGCUGACAAGGUCACCGUCAUCUCAAAACACAACGAUGACGAACAGUACAUCUGGGAGUCCAGCGCAGGCGGCACCUUCUCCAUCCGCCAGGAUACUGAAGGCGAGCCUAUCGGUCGUGGUUCCAAGAUGAUUCUGCACCUCAAGGAGGAGCAGACCGACUACUUGAACGAAUCCAAGAUCAAGGAGGUCGUCAAGAAGCACUCCGAGUUCAUCUCAUACCCCAUCUACCUCCACGUCCUCAAGGAGACCGAGAAGGAGGUUCCUGAUGAGGAGGCCGAAGAGGUCAAGGAUGAGGACGAGGAGAAGAAGCCCAAGAUCGAAGAGGUCGAUGAUGAAGAGGAGGACAAAGAGAAGAAGCCCAAGACCAAGAAAGUCAAAGAGUCCAAGAUCGAGGAGGAAGAACUCAACAAGACCAAGCCAAUCUGGACUCGCAACCCCUCCGACAUCACUCAAGAAGAGUACGCUUCCUUCUACAAGUCUCUGUCGAACGAUUGGGAAGACCACUUGGGUGUCAAGCACUUCUCGGUUGAAGGUCAGCUUGAGUUCCGUGCCAUCCUCUUUGUUCCCAAGCGUGCUCCUUUCGACCUCUUCGAGACCAAGAAGACAAAGAACAACAUCAAGCUCUAUGUUCGACGUGUCUUCAUCACCGAUGAUGCUACUGACCUCAUCCCUGAGUGGCUUGGCUUCGUCAAGGGUGUUGUCGACUCUGAGGAUCUCCCUCUCAACUUGUCUCGUGAAACCCUGCAACAGAACAAGAUCAUGAAGGUCAUCAAGAAGAACAUCGUUAAGAAAUGCCUUGAGCUCUUCAACGAGAUCGCCGAAGACCGUGAGCAGUUUGACAAAUUCUACUCUGCGUUCAGCAAGAACAUCAAGCUCGGUAUCCACGAAGACUCCCAGAACCGCCAGUCUCUUGCCAAGCUCCUCCGCUUCCAGUCCACCAAGUCUGGUGAGGACACCACUUCCAUCACCGACUACAUCACCCGUAUGCAAGAGCACCAGAAACAGGUCUACUACAUCACUGGCGAGUCCACCAAGGCUGUUCAGAAGUCUCCCUUCCUUGAUACCCUCAAGGAGAAGAACUUCGAAGUCUUGUUCUUGGUCGACCCAAUUGAUGAGUAUGCCAUGACUCAGCUCAAGGAAUUCGAUGGCAAGAAGCUCGUUGACAUCACCAAGGACUUCGAGCUUGAGGAGACCGAGGAGGAGAAGAAGGAGCGUGAAAAGGAGGAGAAGGAAUACGAGAGCCUGGCCAAGAGCCUCAAGAACAUCCUCGGCGACAAGGUCGAGAAGGUUGUUGUUUCUCACAAACUCAUCGGUUCUCCUUGCGCCAUCCGUACUGGCCAGUUCGGUUGGUCUGCCAACAUGGAGCGUAUCAUGAAGGCUCAGGCUCUCCGUGACACCUCCAUGUCCUCUUACAUGUCUUCCAAGAAGACCUUCGAAAUCUCUCCCAAGUCUGCCAUCAUCAAGGAGUUGAAGAGAAAGGUUGAGGCUGACGGCGAGAACGACCGCACUGUCAAGUCUAUCACUCAACUCCUGUUCGAGACCUCUCUUCUCGUCUCUGGAUUCACCAUCGAGGAACCUGCUGGAUUCGCUGAGCGUAUUCACAAGCUUGUCUCUCUGGGCUUGAACCUUGACGAAGAGGCUGAGACCACCGAGGAGAAGGAGGCUGAAGAGGAGGCCCCUGCUGCCGAGGCCACUGGCGAGAGCGCCAUGGAGGAGGUUGACUAAAUGUCUUUCGAUGCAGAUGUGCCACUGACAGGUGAAGUUUCAGACUUGUCAUUGUAAUCAUCCCAAUCGGCGUUCAGGUGUUAGUCUUCCCAGCGAUAUCCCGGCCAUGGCUAAAUGGAUUGAAGAACGACGGAAAUGAAAAGUUCAUAGGGAACUGGAUGCAGAUGUGGCAUUGGUAGUGUUAGUCCCUACAGAUUCCUGCCAUCCUUGAUUGAUGGUUUAAUGCAACAGAUUCAAUC